AUGAGUGCUUUUCUAAAAGAGCAACUGGACUACGAAAUUGACGAGGAGCAUUUCUGGACGGACUCUAAAGUCGUUCUGGGCUACAUCAACAACGAAGCACGGCGUUUUCACGUAUUCGUAGCAAAUAGAGUCCAGAGAAUUCGACAGAACUCUAGUACGGAACAGUGGCAUUAUGUUGAAACCGGCAGAAAUCCUGCUGAUCAUGCCUCUCGAGGUCUCACUGCUUGCCAGCUGACGCCGUCCAACUGGUUCACAGGACCAAAAUUUCUCUGGGAAAGAGAGAUUUCUAUCAAAGACGAUCCAGUCUCGGAGCUUAAACUUGGAGACCCAGAAGUUCGGAGUGGAAACGUGCUCACAACAGCGUCUUCUAAAUGGGCAGCAGUGCUCAGAGCAGUCGCCCAACUUCAGAUGUUAGCCAUGGGACAAGGUCGAGGAAAGUCCAGCACAGUACAGGAAAGGAAAAAGGCCGAACUGUUCGUCAUCAGACUUGUCCAACAGAGAGCAUUUGGGAAAGAGAUGGAACAGUUGGAAAGGACAAGCAAGUUGUCGAAGACUUGCAGUCUUUUCAAGCUCAACCCCUUUCUCCAAGAUGGAGUUCUCAGAGUUGGUGGUAGACUUAUGGAAGCCUCAUUGCCGGACGAGGUGAAACACCCAGCCGUCCUACCCAAAGACAGUCACGUGACAAGGUUGAUCAUCGGUUACUGCCAUGAAAGGAUACAGCACCAGGGAAGGGGAAUGACGCUCAACGAAAUCCGAAGAAACGGUUAUUGGAUUGUCGGUGGGAGCAAAGCUGUGGCUUCUCACUUGCGUCAAUGCUUCUGGUGCAGAAAAUUCCGCAGACCAGUUGAGGAACAGAAGAUGGCAGACCUCCCGGAAGAUAGAGUUGAAAUCAGCCCACCAUUCACGUAUUGUGGGAUAGACUGCUUCGGUCCUUUUAGGAUAAAGCAAGGGCGAAAGGAGCACAAGAGGUAUGGAUUGCUUUUCACUUGCAUGUGCUCACGUGCCGUGCACAUAGAAGUCUUGGAAGACAUGACAACGGAUGCAUUCAUCAAUGCACUUAGAUGCUUCAUCGCUAUCAGAGGACCGGUGCGUCAGAUACGGUGCGAUCAGGGGUCCAACUUCAUAGGAGCCAAGAAUGAACUUAACAAUGCUAUGAGGGAAUUGGACAGCGACAGGCUGGGAGCCUACCUAGUGGAGAGACAGUGCGACUUCUUGAUGAAUGCUCCGCAUGCUAGUCACACCGGAGGAGUGUGGGAACGUCAGAUAAGGACGGUCAGAAAUGUGCUGACUUCACUAGUUGAACAGUCUCAAGGAAGAUUGGACGAUGCGUCCCUUCGAACGUUUCUUUAUGAGUCAAUGUACAUCGUCAACAGUCGACCACUAUCCGUGGAAAACAUCAAUGAUCCCACACACCUUGAGCCGCUCACGCCUAACCAUCUGAUCACGAUGAAAUCGUCCGUGGCCUUGCCUCCACCUGGACUUUUUGUGAAAGAAGACUUGUAUGCCAGGAAACGGUGGAGGAGAGUGCAGUUCCUGACAGAACAGUUUUGGAGCCGGUGGCGUAAGGAGUAUCUGCUUAGUUUGACUCUGAGACAGAAGUGGCACGUCCCCAGGCGGAACAUUGAGAUAGGCGAUAUUGUUAUGGUUAAGGACGACAAUGUUGUUCGCAGUCACUGGCCAUUAGCAAGAGUGACAGGGACGGUCACCGACAAAGACGGUUUGGUUAGGAAGGCCAAAGUUGACCUCGGCAAGGAGGGACGCGCUUUGGAGCGGCCUAUUCAACAACUGGUUCUUUUGCUAGAGAGUGACAAUUAG